UGUUGAUACUUCUCUGUGAUUUUUGAUUAUUCUGAUUUUACCAGAUGUGUGCAAGAUUAAACUAUAGUACGCGAUAGCGACGAUAAUACAUACGUAUGUAAAUCCGGUGUCGGUGGUACCGAAUCAUUCAAACGGAGUACUUCGUGUAUUGUUAUUAGACAACUGUAUCACCCAUCUAGUCAGAAACAAAAGCACGAAAAUGAGUAAUUCAACUAUUUCGGAUCAAUCACUGAUGGACAAGUCGAUGCGAAGUGUCUUCGUCGGGAAUAUCCCGUACGAGGCUACAGAGGAGAAUCUGAAAGAUAUUUUCAGCGAAGUUGGACCAGUGCUUUCAUUCAAAUUAGUAUUUGACCGCGAGACAGGCAAACCCAAGGGAUAUGGCUUCUGUGAGUAUAAAGAUCAAGAGACAGCUCUAAGUGCUAUGAGAAACUUAAAUGGAUACGAGAUUGGUGGACGAACAUUACGUGUGGAUAAUGCUUGUACUGAGAAAAGUCGUAUGGAGAUGCAAAGUCUCUUGCAAGGCCAGAACACAGAAAAUCCUUAUGGAGAAGCAGUUCAGUCAGAUAAGGCGCCAGAAGCAAUAAGUAAAGCUGUAGCGUCCUUGCCACCUGAACAGAUGUUUGAACUGAUGAAACAGAUGAAACUUUGCGUUCAAAAUAAUCCGAAUGAGGCACGUCAAAUGCUCCUGCAGAAUCCCCAGUUGGCAUAUGCUCUGCUCCAAGCACAGGUGGUUAUGAGAAUAGUGGAUCCUCAUACAGCUGUCAGUAUGUUGCACAAAGCUAAUCCUAUCCCAGGUGUAUUGACUCCGUCGGAGAAACCAGUCCAGCAAGUACAACCGCGAAUCGAGGAGCCAUGGGCACCACGACCUCCACCACCUAUUAAUGCCCCAGCGCCCAUUUUUGCAGGUCAGGACGUAGAUCUCCGACUAGAGAGACAGAUAGAUCCGUGUGUAACUAGGAAGAAUCAAGAUUUGAGAGGAUCACUGGACAAGGAAUUUAAAUUAAAAAUUGAAUCCGUAAAAACAGGUCAGGACGUAGAUCUUCGACUAGACAGGCAGAUAGAUCCGCGUGUAGCUAGAUUGGAUCAAGAUUUGAGAGGAUCGCCCCAAACACAGCCUACAUCAGUCAGCGCACCGGUGAUACCGAUCACUGCCGAUCCGAGGGGGGCAAAUACAUUUAAUAUAACGGACAACCUUCUUCCUGUGGAAGGAAUUGAGAGUUUCUAUCGCGAUCCGAGAUCCGACAGAUUUGGCAGAGAUUCAAGAGAUCUCAGAGAUUCUAGAGGACCCAUUGAUCCUAGAAUCACAAAAUCUACUCCGACUCCUGUUGCGCCGCCGAUUGUUCCGAGACCAGUUGCCGCACCAACUGUUCCAGCAUCAAGUACCGUAACUAGCAACACGACCGGCUCUUCUAUUACUGCACUUUCGCAGCCUGCGAGUUCUGCAACUUCGAGGCUAGUGGCCGGGAUGUCUCCAGCGGGAAGUAUUCCCAGCGGUGCGUCCGAUCAGGAAAAGGCAGCUUUGAUAAUGCAAGUAUUGCAAUUGUCAGAUGAGCAAAUUGCAAUGCUUCCACCUGAACAGAGGCAAAGUAUCCUAGUGCUAAAGGAACAGAUCGCAAAAAGUACACAACGUUAAGUUAACGCAAAAAACGUUAAUGUAUAAAAAAUAACGCUAAUGUAAAAUCUCUAAUGAUUUUUGCACACAGAAUGCGGCAAUGUUUGGAGCAAGAUUUCAUCAAGGAUGACAAUUGGCGCGAUACCGCAAUAAUUCUUUCGUUUUUAUAGAAAAGCUUUUGUAGAACUUUGCUAUUUUAUGCCAACUUUCGCCGCGCGACAAAUAUUUCUGCGUCUUGUGUGCAGAAAUCACCAGAGUUCUGAAUACAGUAUGUAUCAAACGCAUACGAUGGAUUUCUAUAAAUUUGUAAUAAGAUCUUACAAGGACAAGAGUACAUUUCUCUCUUAUUUUUAAUAUAUCUUGUUCUAUUUAUACAUAAACAAAUAAACUAUGAAA